CCAGAGGCUGGGAUCCGGAGCCGCCCGAGAUCGCCGCCCCAGUCCCUGGCGCAUCAGGGCAGCGGAGAGCGGUGAGCGGUGAGCGGGAUCUUUGGAAGUUGGGUUCCUGGUUCACCUUGGACCGUGCUCUGAGGCCACUUUGAGGACCUGGCAGCAUCCUCGACCCCUGUUCUGCCAGGGUCCCUAGGCCGGACUUCCUGCAGCUCUUUGCACAUUCCCUGGGACUCAGCUGCGGCCUAACAUGUCCUUUCGAAAAGUUGUGCGGCAGAGCAAAUUCCGGCAUGUAUUCGGUCAGCCGGUCAAGAAUGACCAGUGCUAUGAAGACAUUCGAGUGUCCCGAGUUACCUGGGACAGUACCUUCUGCGCAGUCAACCCCAAGUUCCUGGCAGUGAUUGUGGAAGCCAGUGGUGGGGGUGCCUUUAUGGUGCUUCCUCUAAACAAGACAGGCCGCAUUGACAAGGCCUACCCAACAGUGUGUGGGCACACAGGACCUGUUCUGGACAUUGACUGGUGUCCCCAUAAUGAUGAAGUCAUUGCCAGUGGAUCAGAGGACUGCACUGUCAUGGUGUGGCAGAUUCCAGAGAAUGGGCUGACCUCUCCUCUGACAGAGCCAGUAGUGGUGCUUGAGGGGCAUACCAAGCGUGUGGGCAUCAUCACCUGGCACCCCACAGCCCGAAAUGUGCUUCUCAGUGCAGGUUGUGACAAUGUGGUGCUUAUCUGGAACGUGGGCACUGCAGAGGAGCUGUACCGCCUGGACAGCCUGCACCCUGACCUCAUCUACAACGUGAGCUGGAACCACAAUGGCAGCCUCUUUUGCUCAGCUUGCAAGGACAAGAGCGUCCGAGUCAUCGAUCCCAGGCGGGGCACCCUGGUGGCAGAACGGGAGAAGGCUCACGAGGGAGCCCGACCCAUGCGGGCCAUCUUUCUGGCUGAUGGGAAGGUGUUCACCACUGGUUUCAGCCGCAUGAGUGAACGGCAACUGGCACUCUGGGACCCAGAAAACUUUGAGGAGCCCAUGGCCCUGCAGGAGCUGGAUUCAAGCAAUGGGGCUUUACUGCCCUUCUAUGACCCAGACACCAGUGUGGUCUAUGUCUGUGGCAAGGGUGAUUCCAGCAUCCGGUACUUUGAGAUCACAGAUGAGCCCCCCUACAUCCACUUCCUGAAUACAUUUACCAGCAAAGAACCCCAGAGGGGUAUGGGUAGCAUGCCUAAGAGGGGCUUGGAGGUCAACAAGUGUGAAAUUGCCAGGUUCUACAAACUGCAUGAGCGCAAGUGUGAGCCCAUAGUCAUGACUGUGCCAAGAAAGUCUGACCUCUUCCAGGAUGAUCUGUACCCUGACACAGCUGGACCUGAGGCUGCUCUUGAGGCAGAGGAUUGGGUGAGUGGUCAGGAUGCUGAUCCAAUCCUCAUCUCACUACGGGAAGCCUAUGUGCCCAGUAAACAACGGGACCUGAAGGUCAGCCGGCGCAACGUACUAUCGGACAGCAGGCCUGCCAGUUACAACCGCUCUGGAGCCUCCACAGCUACUGCAGUGACUGAUGUUCCCAGUGGCAACCUUGCUGGGGCUGGUGAAGCUGGGAAGCUGGAAGAGGUGAUGCAGGAGCUUCAGGCACUUCGAGUGCUGGUCAAGGAACAGGGGGAGCGUAUUAGCCGCCUGGAGGAGCAGCUGGGCCGCAUGGAGAAUGGCGAUACAUAGGACCACCAGGGACCUGCUCCCGACACUGCCUCCUUUUCCAACCCUCCCCACCUAGCUUCUGUGGCCAGGUCACACCAGGCAGUUUGCUGCUCAGUGCCUCUGUGGCAGGUCAUGCACCUCUCCACAGCCUGGGGCCCAGGUUGGAAGCACCACCUGGCUUUUGGAAGAUUUUUGUACCAAGGCAAAUUCCCAAGUACCUUAAGGGACCAUCUCCACGACCUGCCCAACCCACUGCCCCCUUACCAGAAAAAGCAGCAGAGAUGGGCUCUAUAUUUUCAUUCCAAAUAAAAUGCUCUUUCUAAAGCC